UACACUGAAAAUCUAUAAUAUACGUGACACAAACUAUAGAUUUUCAGUUCUGACAGUGAAUAUUGGAAUGUAGUCCGUGUUUUGCGUCUACAAAAAUUACAACGAAAAGGGGAUUACCAAUGUUGCGUUUUUUAUUCUUCAUGAAAGAAGUUUUGACGCAGUAACUUUCAUGAAUGUUGCGAAGCACAAACGCUUCGAGCACAAGUAACCGAAAGUCGUGAGAAAACCACGAAAGGAGAUUCUUGCCAGCCUAGCCGCAGAACGCGUUCACGGUCUAUAGACAAAAAUGUAGGGUUACCUAACCUCUUCACGGACGAGCGAAUGCACCCGACGAAUCUCGCGGAAAUUUGCAGAUCGCAGCGUAAGACACGCGUGAUAUUUCCGUUUUUACUUCGUGAAACGAAGUGUUUUGCGCAACACAGCGCGUAUUUCGCGUCGAAAUCAGCUGGUGCGGGCGCACGAUGAAUGACAUCGAGAACCCGGAGAACUCAGGCUCGUUUGGAUCAUAUUACGCGUUGCUAGUCGCAUAUAAGACCAUGAAGGAACGCUGUCAGCAACUGCAGACGCGACUGGCCGCAGUGGAGGAAGAGAAUGUAUGUCUCAGGCUGGAAUGCGGCAGGGAUAUGUCCACGGCUGUUGUGAAAGCCGACGAUAACAACGCUGACAGAGGCGUGCUAGAGACGCUGCAAGAAAAGAUAGAAGAGCUUACAAAGCAGAAGUCGCAGCUCACUCAUCAUGUUUUCAUGGUUGCUGCGGAGAAUCGUCAGUUAUGGAACAGAUUAACGAGACUGACGAAAACUAACAAAUCUUUAGGUAGCCAAUUGACAAAAAUCUCAGACACACUUAAGCAGCAUCCUGCUACACAGCCGUCAGAUAUCCUGUCGUAUAGCUUUUGUGAUAUCGCUGAUUCAGAUAAACAAGAUGCUAACAAGAAACAUUUAUUAACUACAGAUAAUGGUGAUAAGGAUCAGAGUUUAGAGGAGAUAUCCCUUCGACUGAUUAAUAGUAUUAUGUUAGAAAAAUCUGCCCUCGAGCAACAAUAUGCAGAGAUGGUGGAAUUGCAGAAUGGUUCUGAAUUGAAUUUACAAAAUGUCGGCUUCACGUAUCCAGAGGAUUCCGACAUGGAUUCGUUAGAGCAAUUGAAGCAGCACGAAAUUCGGCUAUCUCAGACUAAGGAUGCAUUACUGGGACAGCAAACUAGAUUGAAAAGAGCUCUGCAGAAUCUCAAGAAAUUGAAACAAGGGGCAACAUGUAAUAAUUGUCGAAAGAAUGCUAAUAAAAAAAUGUGCCAAACGGGUACGCAAUCCGAUUCUGAUGACAGCUUCAAGGAACAUGGAGCUACUCAGACUAGUCUUAUGACACCCAGCAUUUCGAUGGAAAAGUGCACUAACCACUCCGAUAAUUCGGACAUGGACAGCAAUAUAUGUCCGUUAUGUGGAAAUAUGUACGGAAAGUCCGUUUCGUUUGCGGAGUUCCACGAACAUGUAUUAAGUCACUUUACAAAGGAGCUAUCAGUAGAUGGUUUUGAACUCGUGCACUGAUUUUCGCACGUAGAACAAUUUGACACGUCCAGAUAGCGUAUUAUACGCGAUUGUCCUUUUAGGAUUUUUACGCGUACAUACAAGAUCUAUGUUUUUAUUAGAUUUACAAAAUAGAUUACAAAACAAAUAGUAGGCACACAAGAUAUACGUAAGUUAAUAAAUAAAACGAUACAAUAAAACAGGAUGAAGCAAAGAACUACUACAUAUACAAUGCACAAAAAGUGUAUCUAUUUUUAUAAUAAUAAAUGGUCAGUGAAUUAAGAAACAUCUGUUUUCCAAUUAAACAAAAAACAAUAAAUAUUCUACUCUAUGUAGAGCGUCAUAGAAUGUAUUGUGGAAAAUUCAGUUGUAUCAAUUGACUUUGUAUUUUGGCUAAUGAAUAUUUCGUACAUGUAUCGACUUUGUCGAAUUUUAAUCGAAUUUUAAAAAUUUACUUAUAUAUAUUCUUAAAGCUCUUAGUGGAACUCUUGUUUAAUGCAAAAAAUGAGAAAAUUUAUGUUUAAAAUUCCUGCAAACUUUGAAAUAAAAAAAUAUAUUUAAAAAUGACAUUUGCAGUAAAUUAAGCACAUCUCUAAAAUACCCUGAACACUCUUUUCACUCCAAUCAAUAUAUAAUCGUAAAAUUAACGUGAUAUGUUUGCUAUUUAACUUAUAUUUCCUCAUUAUUUUGUCAUGUCAAUUUUACGGUUAUUUAUUAAUUUUUAGGGCAAAAAGAAAGUGUUUGGAGUAUUUUAGAGGUGUGCUUAAUCGAUUGCAAAUGUCAUUUUUUGGAUAUAUACUUUUUAUUUUGAUGCACUUUGCGAGAAUUUUGGGCAUGAAUUUUCUCAUUUCUGAUGUCAUAAAUCGAGGUGACAUGGCGAAGAGUCAAGAGUUUUAAAUAAUUUUUUAUUUUUAUAUUUGCUUUUAUAUAUCAUCUUUAAGUUGUAUUUGUGAUACUUUGUUACAUUUUCAUAUUUAUAUGUUAUAUCAAUAUUUUCUGUUUUA